AUGUCUAUCACAGAUGUCAGAAUGGUUUAUGGGGAAACUAAUGAUGUUAUAACUUUCCACCAGUGUGUUGUAUGUGGUGAGAUUUUUCAACAAUAUGAUGAUUUAGAAAAACACAAUAAGAUACAUGUUAAAGAAGAGAAAACCAAUGAUGUAGAUGAAUAUUGUCAUGUUAAAGAAGAGAAAAUUGAUGAUGUAGAUGAAUAUUGUCAUGUUAAAGAAGAGAAAACUGAUGAUAUUGAAACUGUUUAUCAGUGUAAUUUGUGUGAUGAAGAAUUUAAUUUAGAAAAUCAUUUAGAGAAACACUGUGAAGAACAUGUUAGUCAGCAAGGGCAAACAGGAGAAAGAGCUUAUAGAUGUGAAGUUUGUGCUAAAUUAUUCAUUUUAAACAGUAAUCUGCAGGACCACAUGAGAAUCCAUACAGAUGAAAGACCUUAUAAAUGUGAUGUUUGUAGUAAAUCAUUUACUAGCAGCAGUCAUCUACAGAGACAUAUCAGAAUCCAUACUGGUGAAAAACCUUAUAGAUGUGGUGUUUGUAGUAAAUCAUUUCCCACCAGUAGUAAUCUACAGAAGCACAUGAGAAUCCAUACUGGUGUAAAACCUUAUAAAUGUGAUGUUUGUAGUAAAUCAUUUAGUCAGAAUAGUAAUCUACAGUCACACAUGCGAAUUCAUUCUGGAGAAAAACCCUUUGAAUGUGACGUUUGUAAUAAAUCAUUUAGUCAGAAAGUUCAUCUACAGAGUCAUGAGAGGAAUCAUACGGGUGAAAAGCCUUAUAAAUGUGAUGUUUGUAAUAAAUCAUUUACUGAACAAGGUACCUUACGGAAGCAUGUCAGAAUUCAUACUAAAGAAAAACCUUAUAAAUGUGAUGUUUGUGGUGAAUCAUUUGCACGGAGAAAUGGUCUAAUAAAACACAUGAUAGAUCAUCCUGGACAGAACCCAUUUAAAUGUGAUGUUUGUAGUAAAUCAUUUAGUCUGAAUUAUAGUCUACAGAACCACAUGAGAAUUCACACAGGUGAAAAACCUUAUAAAUGUGAUGUUUGUAGUAAAUCAUUUACACAGAAUAGUAAUCUAGUGUACCAUAUGAGAAUUCAUACUGGUGACAAGCCUUAUAAAUGUGAUGUUUGUAGUAAAUCAUUUAGUCAGAAAGUCCAUCUACAGAGACACAUGAGAAGUCAUACUGGUGAAAAACCUUAUAAAUGUGAUGUUUGUAGUAAAUCAUUUACUACCAGUUUUAAUCUAAGAACACACGUGAUAAUUCAUACAGGUGAAAAACCAUAUAAAUGCGAUGUUUGUAGUAAAUCAUUUACUUAUAAAUGUAAUCUACAGAAACAUGUCGGAACUCAUACAGGUGAAAAAGCUCAUAAAUGUGAUGUUUGUAGUAAAUCAUUUACUACCAGUACUAGUCUACAGAUACACGUGAGAAAUCAUACAGGGGAAACACCUUACAAAUGUGAUAUUUGUGGUAAAUCAUUUAGUCGUAAUGUUGGUCUACACAACCACAUGAGAAUUCAUACUCGUGAAAAAACCUUAUAAUUUUGAUGUUUGAAGUAAAUCAUUCUUAUACCUAAAAAAAAUUGGGGUUUAAUGUUAACUUGACACAAACCAGGUCAUUACGAGACUAACAUAUGGUUCAAUUUUAUUCCAAUAAUUCACUUGCGCGUAGGGGAAUCGAAACCACGCCAGUUGACUCAGUGGCAGACCUUAUGAUACAACACACAUGCACGUGCGCUAACCCGUACGGACAAGCAACUGAUAGAAAUAAAAAUUGAACCCUAUAGUUUUCCCAAUUUGGCCUAGUCUGUGUCAAGUGGACAUUAAACCUAAUUUCUUUCACAAUUUUUAGUUUUUAGAGUUUCAACAAAAUUUGAAGAUCCAAGUUGACAAUAAAAAUGGCACCAGUUGAAAUUUGAAAUAAAGAGUAGGACGUAGUGCCGCUUUCUUGUCAAAAAUUUCUCACAUAGCCCAUCGCAUGGCGGGCUUCAUUACUACAGUUGGUGGAGAGGAUCAGGAUGUUUAACUAUAUUUCAUUCCUGUUGAAGAUAUUUGUCUUAUAGUAUUUUGAUGUAUUUUUAUACGCCUACAUUGAAAUACGGUCGUAUAUUGUCGUCGCCCCCGUCUGUCCAUCCAUCCAUCCAUCCAUCCGGCUGGCGUCUAGAAUUGCUCUACAGGCCAAAGUUAAUAUCAGAUUGACUUUAUACACAAUGUUUAAGAUCAUGAGACGAAGAAAUCUAUUCAUUUUCAGCAAUUUUCGAUAAUUACUGCUAGAGUUAUGGCCCUUGAUCACUUCACAAAAAAUCUUGUGGACGCUCUUAAGGCUAAAGUUAAUAUCUGAUUGACUUUAAAUUUAUACACAGUGUUUAAGGUCAUGAGACGAAGAAUCCUAUUGAUUUUCAAUGAUUUCUGGUAAUUACUUUGAAAAAUCUCUGAUGCUCUAAAGCUAAAGUUAUCAUAUGAUUGACUUCAGAUUGAUACACAGAGUCUAAGGUUGUAUAUUGAUUUUCAAUGAAUUUUGAUACUUGAACAGCUGAAUCCAUGAUAUUAAAUGUUUCAUAUACUAAACGUUAGCAUGGGGCAGAACUUUUUAAAAACCAAACAAAUUCUUAUGAUUUCCAGAUAAUUAUUUAAUGAGUUGUUACUCUUAAUCAGAUUUUAGUGUAUUAUAAAUGUUUCAUUACCGAAAAAAGUAAAAAUAUGCGACAACUGUUGUUGAGUGCCCGGACGAUUUAGCUGCUCU